AUGGAAUAUUGUUACAGUCGAACAUUUAUAUUAUUUCUAUUUAUAAUGCUUGUUGUUGAUGAUAGUACUAAUGCACUUAAACUUCGACUGCCAUCUCUACGAAUAACUUCAACAUUUACUAGAACAUCUGAAUCUGUUAAGAAAAAAAAUAAUAUGAAUAAUAAUGGAAUUGAAAAUCCAGCUAAAACAAUCUCAUGCAAAAUUCCUGAUAUUGGAAAAAAAGAUGACCUUUAA